AUGACAACACCAAAUGGAUUAGGUAAUUCAAUUGAAAAUAUGUUAUCUUUAUCAUCAGGGGAUACAUUAACACAACAAUUUAUAAGCUCACCACCACUAAAUAAUUCAACUGAUGAAUUUUUAGAUUAUUCCGAGCAUGAAAGGUCAGAAAUGUCGGUUAGCAAUAACCUAUGGUACAAAGAAGCAAUUUUUUAUGAAGUUUAUGUUAGGGCAUUUUGUGAUAUUGAAGGAACUGGUAAUGGUGGUAUUUCAGGUAUUACAAAUAAAUUGGAUUAUUUGCAUACACUAGGUGUUGAUUGUAUUUGGUUAUUACCAAUUUACCCUUCACCUUUAAAAGAUGAUGGAUAUGAUAUUUCAGAUUAUUGUGAUAUUCACCCAGAUUAUGGUACAUUGAAUGAUUUUAAAAUUUUAGUUAAAGCAGUUCAUGAAAGAAAUAUGAAGAUCAUUGCUGAUUUCAUUCCAAAUCAUUGUUCAGAUAAACAUAAAUGGUUUCAAUCUGCAAGAUUAUCAAGAGAUUCACCAUAUAGAGAUUAUUUCGUUUGGUCUGAUUCCCCACAAAAAUAUAAAGAUGCAAGAAUCAUUUUUUUAGAUGUUGAACAAUCAAAUUGGACAUGGGAUGAAGCAGCAGGACAAUAUUAUUGGCAUAGAUUUUAUAAAGAACAACCAGAUCUUAAUUUUGAUAAUCCAAAAGUUCAACAAGAAAUGUUAAAUAUUAUAGAUUUUUGGUUAAAUUUAGGUAUUGAUGGUUUUAGAGUUGAUGCUGUACCAUAUCUUUUUGAAAGAGAAGGAACAUCAUGUGAAAAUUUACCAGAAACUCAUGAAUUUUUAAAAAAGAUGAGAAAAUUUAUUGAUGAUAAAUAUCCAGGUAGAAUUAUAUUAGCAGAAGCAUGUCAAAUGCCAGAUGAGGUUAGAAAAUAUUUUGGAGAUGGUGAUGAAUUUCAUAUGGGAUUUCAUUUUCCAGUUAUGCCAAGAAUAUAUAUGUCAAUUAUGAGAAGUAAGAGUGAAUGUUUACGUAGUAUUAUGGAGAAUACACCAGAGAUACCAAAUACAUGUCAAUGGGUAACCUUUUUAAGAAAUCAUGAUGAAUUGACAUUGGAAAUGGUUACAAAGGAUGAGCGUAAAGAAAUGUGGGAUUUCUAUGCACCAGUACCAAGAAUGAGAAUUAAUUUAGGUAUACGUAGACGUUUGGCACCAUUGAUGGGUGGUGAUCAAAGAAAGAUCGAGUUAGCCUAUUCUCUAUUGUUUACAUUACCAGGCUCACCAAUCAUUUACUAUGGCGAUGAAAUUUGUAUGGGUGAUAAUAUUUGGUUAGAAGAUCGUCAUGGUGUACGUACUCCAAUGCAAUGGUCUGAUCAACCACCCAAUGGUGGUUUCUCAACUUCAAAUAAACUCUAUGCACCAGUUAUCGAUGAUCCCGAAUAUGGCUAUCAAAAAGUGAAUGUUGUUGAAUCUGAAAAAGAUCCAUCUUCACUCUAUCAAGUAAUUCGUCAAAUGAUUCAAAGAAGAAGAAAACAUCUCUCAUUUGGUCAUGGUUCAUUCCAAUGGGUAAACUCUGAUAAUCCACAUAUUGCUUCCUAUAUGAGAAUUUGUGGUAUUGAUAGAAUGUUUAUUGUUCAAAAUCUUUCUGAUCAAGUUCAAAAAGUUACUUUACAUACUCAUGCUACUCCAGUUUUACCAUCAUUAUCAACUCAUCAAUCUUCAAUUUGUGGUGGUGGUGGAUCACUUCAUCGUAGAACUGCUAGUAAUAGUGGUGAUGGUAUUGCAAGUGGUAUUGGUUCAAGAAUUGGCGGUACAAAUACUAGUGGUGGUGGUGGUGGUGGUAAUAAUGAUGGAAUUUCAAAUAUUACAAGUAAUUUUGGUAAUACUUUAACAGUUGAUGGUGCAGGUGGUAAUUUAUCAGGUUCAAAAGUUACACCAAUUCCAACUAGAAAAGUUCAUACUCAUUAUCAACAAUCAAAUAUAAAUAGACAACAACAUCUUCAACCUUUAACAACCAAAGAAGAAUAUGAAGCAUCAAAAGAUACUAAACAACCAUUUGUUUCAUUUUUAAAUGUUGAAACUGCUUCCUAUGAUGAACAAUCACAUUAUUUAAUAGAUAUUUUAACAGAUUAUCAAGUGAUGGUAGAUCAAAAAGGUUAUGUUACAAUGGAUUUAGAACCAUACCAAUUCUUUUGGUUCUCAAUGGGUGAAAUUACAACUUUAAUGGGUGAUGGUUCAAAAUCACGUGAUCUUAGAAGAAAAUCAAUUCAAAUUAAUGAUCCAAUUAAUUUACAUCAUAGAAAUUCUCAUUUUGCUGAUCCAAUUGAUGAAUAA